UUCUCACUACUCUCUCGCAAAGCCACACACACACAAAGACUAUUAUUAGUUCUAAAGCUAUGAGCAAACAGAGUUUAAAGAGACUUCAGUUCAGAAGAUGGGGAAAGCGAAUCGGAAGCUCGACGACGGCUUCUGGGGCGCUAGGAAACGCAGAGGAAAGAACGAUCGUGGCGUUUGCGUUCUCAUGCUGUGGGAAAACGAGAGUUCUAGUGAAACAGUUUGUUUGGAGGCUUAAAUCGCGUUUGAGGCGGUCGCGGAAGAGUGAUCAUAGUAAUAACAUUCAGUGUAGUUAUGAUCUCAGGAGCUAUCAUCUGAACUUCGACGAUGGUUGGUCUCGCCAUCGGUGAUUUUAGAUAAACAUACGUUAUUAUCUAUAAUGAUGAAUACAUAACCAUUUUCUUUUCAUGUUUAGAAUGUAAAUUAAAUUCUCAAUCUGAAAAAAUAUUUUGGAACUUUAUUGUGUUUCUUGAAUACAAAAUUGCAAGAUCUUGAAAUU